AUGGCGGCACCUCGAAGAGACAAACUGUCUUUUCUCUUACUCUCUCUCAUUCUCUUUUUAUCAUUUUUCGACACAACUUCUUCUAUCCCUCAAAGGGAAGUUACCCCGACAAGAUUCCACGAUACGUCGAUUAUCACGAAAUGGAAAUGGAAAACAAGUACGACUAUUUCGAUUAAAUAUAGUUACAGAGCUGUUCAAAUUUCAACUGUAACAUCUGCAGACACGGGGCGUUGUAAGGGAUAUCCUAUACCAACAACGCUUCAACAUGCCCUUACCAUUAAAGUCUGCGAGAAGUGCCCAAUACAAACUAUUACAAACUUCAGGGACCCUAUAACAUCACAUGCUGAACCUUGGGUUUAUGGACGAACGACUAUUUUGCAGUGGUGGGUGAUCGAGUUUUGGGGGUGGGCAUUUCAGAACUUCCAAACAGCGGUCUACCAUGUAUCUCAGCAUGGAAAGCCUCGGAAAUGGACUUCGUAUACUAUUGGAAUUACUCUGAAAACACUUCCAAUGACUACUUUAGGAGUUCUGACGACCUAUAAUACGACAAGCUUUAUUCAUCAUCGAACGAGAGUCACGGUUCAUAACCUGGAGGGAGAAUAUCGAUCAACGAUUCAAGUCACAAGGGCGCCUACAACGAUCACAUAUAUGAAAACGACUAAAUCUCAUACAACAGUAUACAUAACAGUUACUCAGGUUGUGCAAAUCACUGAAGUAAAUACCAUCAUGGAUGGUUCAGGCUCCAUAAUCAAGACUACCUCUUUACUGCCACUACCUUCCUCAAUAACAAUCAGGUGUACUACAAAAUCGACACAUGUCAAUCGAGAAGGGUCGACUUUGAUCCUCAUGUCCGAUAUUAUAACCUCCAUCCCUCUGGCCAUUAACCUUCCGGGGUGUACUCGAGUUUAUGCUUCAACGUCAUGCGCUUCGCCAAAUUCUGCGGGAGCGCAGGGCGGCCCUGGAGAUGAGGUAGACUCUUUAAGUAGUGAUUUGGAGGGAGUAACUGAUCCUUUGACGAGCGUGAGUCUUCAAUUGAGCACUGUAUCACGGCCUAUAUCCAGCCUUGCGUCCGGGAUUUCCCCUCGGCCCAGUUCGUCCGAGACACCUAUAGCAGCGUCUGGUUCUACAACUAUCUCAAUUAGUGCUUCCAACCCCUCAAUUUUACAAUCGACAGUACCACUUUCUGUAUCAUCUAAUUCUGACAGCCUUUUUACGAUAACCUCAGCAGUGACAUCAUGGUAUGAGAUGGUCACGCAGACGAUAUAUUCUGGAAGUACGUCUCGAACAUCUCUGACAAUUGGGGCCGAUGGAAACCCCACUGCAAUCAUUGUACUGCCAACAGGCCUAGGAGGGAUCCGGUUUACGACGGUGUCCUCGGGGUCCACAGUAUCAGAAACAACGGUAGUUGGCCCGGGUGGUGCGACGACUAUAAUUGAGAUACGGCCGAUCACGGACUCACAAGUCGAGAGCCGUAGUGUAGGCUUGACGGUGUCUUCUGUAUCUAGUACCGAUCCGCUGGGUCAAAGCUCCGUUGAGUUCUUGACUACGACAACCUCACCAUUAGAAGCUACGGAUUUGAUUUCCACAACCCUUCUACCCACUAAUGCUUCAACAGGCUCUACCCCCAGUGAAACGAUGUCAGCCGCCAGCUCCAUUUCCGCUGACCCAAGUACACUUGAGCCAGGCGAUAGCGAUAGUACGUCAAUCAAUCUAUCGCCUAGUGCCAACCUGUCUACUAUUGAUUCAAGUAUUAUCACUGCGAGCACUAUCGAUUUAGUAACGGCCGAUUCCGGGAUCAUCAGUCCGAGUAGUGUUGAUAUUAGCACUAUCAAUUUGAGCUCCUUGGGUAUUGGUUCUACUUCGGAGAUCGCUGAAACAAAGUUUACGGAUGGAAUAUCAACUAUUGUAUUAUCUGAAUCCCUGACAUUUGAGUCAACAUCGACAGGCGUAAUCAGCACAGUUGAAUCGACUUCAGAGCCCGAAGUUGAAUCUUCUACUGAGUCUACAGAUUUGGUAUCUACUGCUCCAGAGCAGACAGGGUUGGUUGGCCCGAUUUUAAGUUCAGAAGCGGUUAUCCCUACUACUGACUUAUUGACGACAAAGGAGCCCCUCCAGACGACAGUCUCGACUAAUGAAUCAAGUCUCAUAACUUUGGCGAGUCCUGGUUUGAGUGUUUCAUCGUUGAGCGAGAGCCCGCUUGCGGAAACGACUCUACCUAGCGAAACGUCUGGUAAGGAGACGUCGAACUCCUUCAGCCAAAGCUUAACUAGUGACAGCUCAAUAGUAGAGACUUCGUCCACGGAUAUGGCUGUACCAGAAACCACUUCUGAAUUGCCCUCUACUAUCGAUUCACAAUCUACAACUUCUGAAAAUUCCGAAACAGGUGACCCGAUUUCUACAACCGACAGUACGAGUAUACUUUCGCAAUCUAUAGACAUUUCGGCAACGGUCACGGAUACCUUAUCAGAUUUAAACAAUGAGACCAGCGCUGAACCAUUACCAGAAAUUAGCUCAAACGAGGAAGUAUCUAGCACAUCCUCUUUAACUGGAGCUCCAACCACUUCUAGCUUCAUGGAGGAGGAGACCCAGACCAAUGACGCACUCUCGACGAUGGAUGGUGCGACAGAGUCUAUCUCAAUAUCCACAUCCCCACCAACAGUUAAUCUCGUCCCGUCUGCCAUGAUCAUUAUCGAGGAUUAUAAGCUAUACGAUUUUUGCAGCGAAUAUCUGGGGUAUUCAAAGCAAACUUCAACUGUGAUCCAGAGCCAGGUUGACACUACCUUUGGUACGGAGAUAAUACUUACUGGGGAAGAAACGAUAACAUUCACGGUUCUUUCUACGGAACUAUUCGUUGAAAAAAAGACAUCAACAUCACUAAGUGGCACAUAUGUUUUGCUGCUCUCAACUCUCACGGAAAUCGAAAGCCAGUUUUUUACAAUUACAUCCGUUGUUCUGGAUGGCGUCAGGAGCAUUGAUGAAACGGCGACGCAAGAUAGCCCAAUAACGUUAUUAUCAGUCGUCACGGUAUAUGAAGGAGUAUAUACCAGUCAAGUAUAUGAAAUAACCACUUUAUCCUCAACGGAAAUAACGACAAUCACUAUUCUAUCUGGGGAAGUAACAUCCACCAAUGUUGAAUUUUCGACUACAACCGUAUUUUUUCAGGAAACUUCAACUAUAGUUGAUGGCCAAACGACUUCCACCAUUGUUUUACCCGGCACACAAACUAACAAGGUAUCAGCUUCUACUACAAUAAUCUCGGGGGAAACUUCUACCCAAACUACGACUACAAUAACUGAUUUUACGACAAUCUCAACUACUCAAAUGGUUCAAAGCGGUAUCUUGCUAAUCACAAGCACGGCACCCACGAAAACCGUAUUUAACACCCAAUCAUUUAGCACCAAUAUCACCUCAGGCAUUUCUAUACUGCCAACUAUAAUAUACACUACAACUAUAAACUCAGCCACUGCUUCGACAACUUUGACAAGCGGGACUACAAUUUCGACGUUCAUAUCCGUAGUUACGAGCUCUGUUAUGAGUAAUCUCCGGAGUACUGUAUCAGCAACUGCACCGGUUACUACUACUACGUUUACAUCCCUCAGUUUUAUUGCCGUCGCUGUUACAAGUCGGAGUAGUUCUCAAGCAGGGAUCAAAGCCAGGGCUCUGAGUAGUAUUGGCGAGAAGGUGAUUCAACAAACGGUAAUAGAGAAAAGACAGGCCAACUUGGUAUCGAACAAAGUUGUAAUUCCGUCCCCACUGGAAACAUUUGGCACCGAUAUUUUAAUUUCUGCCAUUAUAUUCGAGACUGUAACACUUAUUCAGGCGACUAGCAUCGUGUCGACUACCCGCACAGAGUUCUCGACAAUCAUUGAGUCUCAAACUUCCACAGAAAUCGUGGAUGUGGUCGUUCCUGAGACAAGCUAUACUUCCACUAUCUUCUUCACAGAGUCAAUAAGUAUGACUUUCACAAGUGUCGUGCAGAUUGGUACUUUCUCAAGCACCCAAACUUUUACAGAUACCGUGACGUUAGAGGAGACCUUCAUUUCCUCUAUCUUCAAAACCCUUCCAUCAACGACGGAAGCAAAUACUUUGACAGAGAGUAUUCAGACUACAGAAGUUCUUUCAAGUUUUUUGACGCUUUCAAGCACCACAAUCUUCGAGACCAUCACGACUACAAAAACACAGUCUGCAAUUCUCUUCGUCAGCGAGACAAUACCCUCCUCAACCGCUAUCGUAACGACAACAUCUUUCUCUACACAGAUUGAUGUUGAUAUAUUCACGGAAUUUAUUCCAUCUACAACUCAAACCAUUACAAACUUCCAAACUUUAUCCCAAACCAAUACCUUAAUAAUUUAUACAACUAUUCCGAGUGCAACCCAAUAUAAUACUAUCUCCCCCACCACAACUGUGACAUCUACGCUGGUAGAGCUAUUUACAUCCCCAUCUUCAACAUCAAUUUCAUAUAGCAUCUCGACUGUAACCUCUCAAACUACUAUAAUAUCUUCUAUUAUCGUUCCGGCAUUAACCCAAAGCACCACGAGAACAAGCACCUUUAUAGACUCAUUAACAACAGUAACAACCUACCUCUCAACAUCUACGUCCACAAUCGCACAAAUCGCAACUACAACCAUCACAGUGGCGCAGGGAGCUCCAAGUGGGAAUGUAUCAUAUCUGAGCAUAGGUGGGAUCAAUAACGGAACGUUCGCAAUCUCUGACGACGCCAUGCAUCUCACCAACAACUUUUAUGCGCCGAACACCCGUGAAACCUUUAUUGUCACAAAUCUGGGACAAUUAUAUUCGGUCACGAAUAAUUACUAUUACGGUGACCCAACUGCCGCAGAUAAUAAGUUGUUUUGGGGGUUCACAAAUCAAACGGCGGGUAGGAAUUAUUAUAUUGCGUUUACUAGUUCGACGAAUGUGUAUCAGUUAUAUCUUCGGAAUACAACGUCUAAUCAACCGUUUGUAUUCUGUUUGAGUACUCUAAGUAGUGCGGAUAGUAAUACCAGGGCUGGUUUCCAUAUAAGAGCCUACAAUGGUAACGCACAAGCUCUAGCGCAGACAGGCAGUCGAUAA